GCGUGCCGUGUGCAUUUCCCCUCCCCCUCCUCUUUUGCAAAGGACAGCGACGCGCUCGCUCGCUCUCUCGACACCGCAUCAAUGGUCAGCCUCGGCGCCAUGACGAGGGUGCUUGCGCUGCUGCUGCUUGUCGUCGGUGCCACACCGGUCCUUGCAGAGGCCGACUACCGAGCCGCGCACGAGUCUGCCGUCCGCCAGGCGCCAGUCUCGUCGUCGUCGCACGCGCGACAAAAACACCACCAUCACAUCAUCCAGCAGCAGCAACAGCAGCAGCAGCACUCGUCGCCGGAUCGGCCACAGGUCAGGGAUGGAGAAACGGACGAGGAGAGGGCGGAGCGAUGGGCAAAAUAUGUGCCGAGGAGGAUCCUGACGGACGAGGUAGAGCUGAGCGAGGCAAGGAGGCUGGCUCGAGAGAGACAGGUUAUCAAAGAGGCGCAGAAGGAGAGGGUCAGCAGUGCGCCGACGAGGAACGAGGCUGUUGCCUCCAUAAAGCGUCAGAGUCGCCGAAAGAGAGAAAGCGAGUAUGCACAAGGCGACGAGGACGACGAGGACGACGCGGAGCAUCGAGCUACUCCUCCUCCUUCGAAGAAAAGAAAGCGCAAGACAAUCGAGCCAGCUUCGUAUGACUCAAACAACGAAGGACAUUCCAGAUCUGCCCAGAUUGCCCUGUCGCUCUUCUGGAUCGCGUGGAACAUCGCGGCCUGGUUCAGCCAGCGAGUCGUUUGGACGCCCACGAUGUAUGCUGCGCACGCCGUCGGGUGGGCCGCACAGACAUCGUGGCGCACGACUCGAUGGACGGGCGAGAGGGCCCUCGUCGCGCCUGCCCUCACGGCUGGCGCGCCUCUCAUCUACCUCGGCCAAGGCGCUCUCUUCCUCUUCGUCUGGCUCCCUGCUCGCUUCAUCGCCAUCAUCGUCCGAGAGGUAUACCCUGUCUACGUCUUCUUGGGCGCCGGUCUGGCCGUGGGCACGGCCAUGGGCAUCGUCGCCGCUCUUGUCCUUUACAUUGGCUCCUUUGUCCUGGGCGACGGCUCCCGCGUCGAGGCGGACCUGCAGCGUCGUGCGCACGAGGCCCUGCCCGAGGCACUGGACGAGGACCGCGUCGAGGCAAGGAGAAAGCGUAGCAAGAAGAGCGCUGCCUUCAAGUGGGGCCGGAGUGGCGAGAGCGUCAUUGAGCGCGCCAUGCGGGAGUCGAGGGAAAAGGAGGAGAGGGCCCAGCGUAGGCAGUCGCACCUCCGCCAGCUCAACGGCCAGCUGCGAGAUGUGACUUCUACUGGGCUGGGGGAAGAAGGACAGCACUACGCAGAAGAGCUCAACAUCAAGAGGGAGUCGGACGAGGAAGACGACGAAGAAGACUACUUUGGCGGUGGCGGCGGCGGCGGCGGUGGUGGUGGUGGUGGUGGUGGUGCCAUCAACCAGCCAUAUCCACCUCGCUCUUCUACCACUGCGUCUUCGUCGGCCUCGCCCUUUGGCGCACCAGGCUGGCAAGGGCCGGCUCCUCGGGUCCUUCCCCACGGUGCCACCGCCCAGGGCGGCUGGAGCGGGUCCAGCAGCCCAGCCUCUUCACCCACCCUUGCUCGCGUUCCACUGCCCCACAGCAGCUCCCUCGCCACGGGUCGGAGCCCUUUGUCGAGUCUGGGAGCCUCGCCCAUGACAAGCCCAAUUGCUGUUCGGCAGCGUCGCAUCUAGUAACGUCCCACUCAGCCAUAUACCUUUCCAACUUCCUCUUCAUUCCCAGGCGCGCACAGUCGUUUUGAUAGUGUUACAGAUGAUGUAUUAGUGAGGUCGAAAUUGUUGAUUUGACAUCGACCCAUUACGCUGAGACGGCCUCUGCGCUUGUCUGCUGCUGCUGCUGGUGUUGCUGGGCCUCUUGCU